ACUUUUUGCCCGCCCAAGUGAGCCAUAGAACCAUUGCCCCGAGUCGCCGGUCCCUUUAAGAAGACUCGGUCUUCCCCAAUGGGCUCCAGCGGCGCCCGCAGCAAAAGGCAAACUUGCCUGGCUCAUUGGUGGUGGGGGAAAUGCCGCGUCGGGUGGGAGCUGAGAGAGCGCCAGAGUGCGCUGCAGGCUCCUUUCCCCUUCCCCUUUCCUUAACCCUUCCGGGAGCGGGGAGCGGGGGAACCGGGUCGUGCUGCAGCGCUCCUGAGGAGCCGGGGCGCUGACUGCCCUGGGCUCCCGAAACUUUGCGCGGAGCGUGGGUUGACUAGGUUGAGAAGAGCAGGUGGGCUGGCCUGGGAGGGGCGGGAGGAAGACCCACUCGUCGGUACCCCAGGUCUCUCGCCCGGGCGUUAGGAAUGCGGGGGUGCAGCAGCAGCAGAGGAGCUGUCCCUUCAGCACCACGGACCUAAAGCCUGGUCGUUAGGAAGGCGGGGGCGGGGCAACAGGCCGGGAGCUGUCCCUUCAGCACCGCGGACCUUUGCCCCUCGAUGAAACCUCUCGGCCCCCGCCCCAGGACUGUCUUUUCUCCAGUUUGAGCGGGGGUGUCGGGAGCAGGCGGUGAGCUUUCCUGGGAGGCUGGGGAAGCAAUGAACACUCUUCUCAGCGACUCGCCUCCCAGCAGUGCUAUUUUUUGCCAUCCGCCCUCACCCCCAGCACACGCGCUCGCACACGCACGCACGCACACACACACACACACACACACACACACACACACACACACACACACACACACACAGUCCUCUCUGGAUUUCUUUGCCUUGAGUCUCCCGGGGCUGUGAGGAGCCAGGCGCAUCUCAGAUCGAGCUGGCAGCUCCAGGCUCCAGAGCCAUGCCCUGCACGGACCCUCAUCCUUACCAAGCUCCCGAGGAAUGAAAGGAAUCCAGGGACCCUCAGAAGGCAGCAGUGAUGUGGACAAACCCCCUGGAGCCUGCACCCUUCCGAGGGCCAUAGGCGACCCAGGGAACUGGAGAGAGCUCCAGACAGGAAAGCCCAGCUUUCCCAAAGUCCCUGUGGAUGCCGACAAAAGGAGACCCGAAUUUUUGGAAGAGCCUGUCCUAGGUUAUCCAGCUGCAGAGUGAUUUUUUCCCUCUGGCAUUGAAUCUCCCUCUCCAACGCCCAGCCGUCCAGAGUACCAUGAAGAAUUAUGAGGAUGUGUGACAGAGGAGUCCAGAUGUUGAUCACUACUGUGGGAGCCUUCGCAGCUUUUAGUUUAAUGACCAUUGCAGUGGGCACGGACUACUGGUUAUAUUCCAGAGGUGUGUGCAGGACUAAAUCUACAAGUGAUAAUGAAACCAGCAGGAAGAAUGAAGAAGUAAUGACCCAUUCCGGGCUGUGGAGGACCUGCUGCCUAGAAGGGACUUUCCGAGGCGUGUGCAAGAAAAUUGAUCACUUCCCCGAAGAUGCUGACUACGAACAGGAUACAGCUGAGUAUCUCCUGCGGGCUGUGAGGGCCUCCAGCGUCUUCCCCAUCCUCAGCGUCACGCUGCUCUUCUUCGGCGGGCUCUGCGUGGCAGCCAGCGAGUUCCACCGCAGCAGACACAACGUCAUCCUCAGCGCGGGGAUCUUUUUUGUCUCUGCAGGGUUAAGCAACAUCAUCGGCAUCAUAGUUUAUAUAUCAGCCAAUGCUGGAGACCCUGGGCAGCGUGACUCCAAAAAGAGCUACUCCUAUGGCUGGUCCUUUUACUUCGGAGCCUUCUCUUUCAUCAUCGCGGAAAUUGUGGGGGUCGUCGCUGUGCACAUCUAUAUCGAAAAGCAUCAGCAGUUACGUGCCAAAUCCCACUCGGAGCUCCUGAAGAAAUCGACCUUCGCUCGCCUUCCACCCUACAGGUAUAGAUUUCGGAGGCGGUCGAGUUCCCGCUCCACGGAACCCAGAUCCCGAGACCUGUCCCCCAUCAGCAAAGGCUUCCACACCAUCCCUUCUACUGACAUCUCAAUGUUCACCCUGUCCCGGGACCCCUCAAAGAUCACCAUGGGGACUCUCCUCAACUCUGACCGGGACCACGCUUUUCUACAGUUCCACAACUCCACGCCCAAAGAGUUCAAAGAGUCGUUGCAUAAUAAUCCGGCCAACAGGCGCACCACGCCCGUCUGAACUGACCUCGGCCCUCUGCCCUCCGCCCCAGCACAGCCCGAGGGGAAGUGGACAGAGGAGCCUCUGAGGUUGCAUGGCAUGGUCCUCGUGAUGGUAUUACUUUUUACAAAGAAUGAAACCAAAUGGACUCAGCCCUCUCCCACACUUCGCCCCUCCCUCUCCAGGUCCUAACCGGUCCAUCCCUUCCCCCACUUUUCAAGCCAAUCCCAUGAUGUCGUUUCUCUCUGUGUGUAUCUGUGACGGAUGUUUUCCUCUCUUCCUUCUUUACUGGAAGGACCUCCUCAUUCUUCCCUCCUUGGAAGAGGACUUUACUCAAAGUCACGGGUGGUGGCUGGGUUGGGGGGUGUCGGGGUCUCCAAAUCCCCAGGUGUGUGCACAGGUGUCCCCAUUGUCCACUCAUGCACAUCCUCAGGCCACUUAACCGCCCAGGUGGCCCAGAGGGAGGCAUUCACCUUUCCGUGUUAGAAUAACAUGACCAGAAAUCAAAGAUGUCAGAGCCCCGAAGCAGCUAAUGUAAUAAGCACUCAUGUAUUAAAGGUUUUGCCUUGUUGUAACUCACA